AUGGCAGCAAUUUCACUCAUUUCUUCUUCUUCUUGUUCCAACAUUCUUUCAUUUAAUCCGAUUUCCAGCACGACCCGAAACCAAAUCCGGAAGGUUUCUUCAACUAGGGUUUUUGCGUCGAGCAGAAAAGGAGGUGAUCAUGCAGACCAGUACUACCAAAACUACAGCAGCAGGCUGGUGGACGAGAGCAUGAUUGUUCUCCGGAAGAGAGUUCACGAAAUGAAGAUGGUGGAGAGAAACUACGAGCCUCCGUCGGAUUGGAUGGAUUGGGAGAAGCGAUAUUACACCACCUACGAUUCGUUUAUAUGCCAAGUCAUGGGCUUCUUGCAGUCCCACUUGAUGGACACAAGGCCAAGUUUUGCUUUGGCAUUCCUGGCUUUGAUCGUUUUGAGCGUGCCUACUUCAACGCUUAUGAUUUUCUUCCAACUGUUGGAGCUCGCAAAGGGGGUCGGUCUUCACUAG